UGUGCUUCGACCGAUGGCUGGACAUUCAGUAACUUUCUGAAACGCCAGAAAGUCUAUCUGGUCGUUCGUGGACGCUGUUGCCGUUCUCUGCGUCAGACAUACGCUGCCAGCACUGUCUCAUGGUUCACCCCUCAUUGUUGUUUAUAUUCAUUGUAUAGGCCCCUACCCUCGCAAGAUGGAUGAAUUCGACGACUUAACGGCACUGAGCGAUACGAUGGUCUACCACCAAGUACUUAUGGCCUUUUCUCCCGUUAUCCCGGCCUCGCUUCGACGGCGGAUCUCCAGACUAUACCCAUCAAUGCAUCGAUCCGUGAAGUCAGAGGCCAGCGCUAGCGCCAGCGCCAAAGCGAAAACAGCUGGUGAGGUCGGAGGCGAUGCGAUGGCCGCAAUGCGACAGACUUCUGAGCCAGGAGAGCUGGAUGUGGCAUCGCUGCCUGAUAAUUCGUCUGGGCCCGCCUUUCAGCGCCCCAGUACUGCAAGCAGUGCUAGCAAUGGAGUAGAUCCAUGCUUCUCGCCUGGCACUGAGAAAUCACAAGAGCUCAGCGAUAUCUCUAGUCUCAGAAGCAGUAGAUCUAGCAGUGUCUUCAGUCCAGUGGCUCCGAAAUAUGAGGCAGAAUCCGGACUGCGAUGGAAUCGGAUUGCGCCUGCACUCAAUCUCCUGCAAAAUGCUUGUCAUGAAGCGCAGCAGCGGCAGUGCGACAGUCGCCUGGCUCGGAUGUUGUACGUUGAUGCUUUAAGUUAUCUUCUCGAUGGCCUCCCCGACGAUAUGAGCACCCAAGAAACCAUGAUAAUCCAGGAAAAUCUUCCUGCUGGUGUCAAGGAAUCUUUGGCUGCGCCUGCCGUGACUGAUCCAUCCGCGGCAGGGCUUCACAAUAUGCUUACGGGAAAGAAUUCUCCGCCUGAGCGAUCUUACCUUCAUCGACUGCUGUCGUCGACUAUCGUCUACUUCUUCAUAAUGUUGCAAUUCCUCAUGCCAUACGUGAAAAUCCUCGUGUACCAUCUGUACCGAUAUGAGCGAUCCCAUCGGUUAACGGAACGCGCCGUAACAAAGGUUCUGGAUGCGGCUGAUAACUUUGGUAAAAGAGGCAUGGUUGUAGGGGCUGCAGUCCUGAAUUACAACGAAGGGAGAGUGAGCGCAAAUAUGAUGGAGCUUGCAGCCUGGUGGGUGACAAGCAUUGCAGGUGGUAUCUACGAGGGAUUUGCGGAGGGCAUGAUUAUCAUGGGAGUCACCCAGUCGCAUGUUGAGCUGGGGAAGGCUUUUGUGCAGGCUUCGCGGUCAUAAGGUACGAUUUGAGCAAACUAGAUUGAAUAAGUUGGGUAUGUAUUCUAAGCGUAGAUAUAG